GGUCGGUUUCUGUGUGAUCGAUUUGCCCUCAGCCAGUCACAGGCUUUGUUUUGGCUAACUGCUAGCUGACCCACGCUAGGCGGCUCCUCUCAGAAAUUCUUUGGCUGUAGUGAAAGCACGAACUUCCCUGAGCGUUACGUUAGCUGAAACAAAGUUCUGCCCCCCCCUCCCCCCCAGUGGACUCGGUUGAAAUGCCUCACACCAGCAAGUCAGUGAGUGGAGGCAGUGUGCCAGGACAGGUUUCUGUGUCUGACCAGGGUGAGCCGCCGCCGCUGCCGCCGCCACCGCAGGACAUCAGGGCCCGGCUGGCUGCUGGAGAUGGAGUCUCUGCAGAAGACCAGGGAGACCCAGAGAUCAUCAAAUCGCCCAGUGACCCGAAGAAGUACAGGUACAUUGAGCUGAGUAACGGUCUCCGAGCGCUCCUCAUCUCUGACUUCAGCCGAGCAGACGCCAAGCGAGACGAGGCGGACGGGGAGGACGAGGGAGGAGCGGCGGACGGGGAGGAGGAAGAGGAGGAGGGGCAAGCCGAGGAAGAUUCAGGCGAGGGGUCAGAGGAAGACGUGGAGGAAGACAAAGACGAAGAGCAGGACAGCGACUUUGAAGAGCUGGACGAGGAGAAGACGGGGAAGAAGAACAGUGGGAGCUCUGAGAAGCAGGCGGCGGCUGCUCUGUGCAUCAGCGUGGGGAGCUUCAGCGACCCAGAUGACCUGCCUGGCCUCGCCCACUUCCUGGAGCACAUGGUGUUUAUGGGCAGUGAGAAAUACCCAGCAGAGAACGGUUUCGACGCCUUCCUGAAGAAGCACGGCGGCAGCGACAAUGCCUCCACCGACUGUGAGAGGACCAUCUUCCAGUUCGACGUACAGAGGAAGUAUUUCAAGGAGGCGCUCGACAGGUGGGCUCAGUUCUUCAUCUGCCCUCUGAUGAUCGAAGAUGCCAUCGACAGAGAGGUGGAGGCCGUGGACAGCGAGUACCAGUUAGCGAGGCCGUCGGACUCUCAUCGAAAGGAGAUGCUGUUUGGAGGUCUGGCUAAACCGGGACACCCUAUGAGCAAAUUCUGCUGGGGUAACGCUCAGACAUUAAAGCACGAGCCCAGAGAGAAGCAGAUCAACACGUACGAGCGGCUCAGACUCUUCUGGAGGAGAUAUUACUCUGCUCAUUACAUGACACUCGCUGUGCAGUCCAAAGAGAGUCUGGACACUCUGGAGCAGUGGGUGAGAGAGAUCUUCAUCAACGUCCCCAACAACGGUGAACCUCGAGCCGACUUCUCUGACCUCCAGCAGCCGUUUGACACACCAGCCUUCAACAGACUCUACAGAGUGGUUCCUGUGAGGAAGGUUCACGCUCUGACCAUCAGCUGGGCCGUCCCGCCGCAGGGGAGACACUACAGAGUGAAGCCACUACAUUACAUCUCGUGGCUGAUUGGACACGAAGGCACCGGCAGCAUCCUGUCUCUGCUGAGGAAGAAGUGCUGGGCUCUGGCUCUGUUCGGAGGAAACAGUGAGACAGGUUUCGACCAGAACACCACCUACUCCAUCUUCUCCAUCUCCAUCACCCUCACUGACCAGGGCUACCAGAACUUCUACCAGGUGGUUCACCUGGUGUUCCAGUAUCUGAAGAUGCUGCAGACUGUGGGCCCUCAGCAGAGGAUCUAUGAGGAAAUCCAGAAGAUAGAAGCCAACGAGUUCCACUAUCAGGAGCAGACGGAUCCCAUCGAGUUUGUGGAGAACAUCUGUGAGAACAUGCAGCUGUUUCCCAAAGAGGACUUCCUGACUGGAGACCAGCUCAUGUUUGAGUUUGACCCUCAGGUGAUCAGUGCUGCUCUGUCCCUGCUGACUCCUGACAGAGCGAACCUGAUGCUGCUGUCACCAGAGAACGAAGGUUGCUGUCCACUCAGAGAGAAAUGGUUUGGUACCUGCUACAGCAUGGAGGACGUCCCGGAGGAGUGGGCUCAGCACUGGGCGGGAGACUUCGAGCUCGACCCUGAGCUCCACCUUCCAGCUGAGAACAAGUUCAUCGCGACGGAUUUCACCCUGAAGACGUCUGACCGUCCAGACUCAGAGUUUCCUGUCAGGAUCGUCAACUCUGACCGAGGCUGUCUGUGGUACAAGAAGGACAACAAGUUCAAGAUUCCAAAAGCUUAUAUGCGUUUCAACCUGAUCUCCCCAAUGAUUCAGAAGAGCCCUGAGAAUCUGGUGCUGUUUGACCUCUUUGUGAACAUCUUGGCUCACAACCUGGCAGAGCCGGCCUACGAGGCCGACGUGGCUCAGCUGGAGUACAAGCUGGUGGCCGGAGAGCACGGCUUGGUGAUCCGACUGAAAGGUUUCAACCACAAGCUCCCGCUGCUGUUGAAGCUGAUCGUGGAUCAUCUGGCAGAGUUCAGCGCCGAGCCCGGUGUCUUCAUCAUGUUCUCUGAACAGCUGAAGAAGACCUACUUCAACAUCCUCAUCAAACCUGAGCGGCUCGGCAAGGACGUCCGUCUGUUGAUCCUGGAACGCCGUCGCUGGUCCGUCAUCCAGAAGUAUCAGGCCGUCAUGAAGGGUCUGACCGUGGACGACCUGCUGACCUUCGUCUCCGGGCUGAAGGCGGAGCUUUACGCCGAGGGGUUGGUGCAGGGAAACUUCACCAGCGCGGAGUCCAAAGAGUUUCUGCAGUACUUCAUUGAUAAGCUGCACUUCCAGCCUCUGACAGCAGAGGUCCCCGUGCUGUUCCAGGUGGUGGAGCUGCCUCAGAAAACGCAUCUCUGUAAAGUCAAAUCUCUCAACAAAGGAGACGCCAACUCAGAGGUUACCGUCUACUACCAGUCGGGGCUGAAGAACCUCCGAGAGCACGCCCUGAUGGAGCUGAUGGUGAUGCACAUGGAGGAGCCGUGUUUCGACUUCCUCAGGACGAAGGAGACGCUGGGGUACCAGGUGUACCCGACCUGCAGGAACACCUCCGGGGUGCUGGGCUUCUCUAUCACCGUGGAAACGCAGGCCACCAAGUUCAGCACAGAGUUCGUCGAAGCGAAGAUCGAGGAGUUCCUGGUCAGCUUUGGCGAGCGUCUGUUGGGUCUGAGCGAGGAGGCCUUUAAGACUCAGGUGACGGCUCUCAUCAAGCUGAAGGAGUGUGAGGACGCCCACCUGGGGGAGGAGGUCGACCGCAACUGGUUUGAGGUUGUCACACAGCAGUACGUCUUCCAGCGGCUCAACAAGGAGAUCGAGGCCCUGAAGCUCUUCAGCCAGGAGGAGCUGCUGUCCUGGUUCCUGGAGCACAGAGACAGCAGCAGGAAGCUCAGUGUGCACGUGGUGGGUUUUGGGGUGGAGGAGAACGACCCUCCAGAGCAGAACGCCGUCUGCAGUCCCGACGAGCCCGACAACCCACCGUCCUCGGCCUACGGCGAAGUGAGCGAGCUGACCUUCCUGCCCGCCUCAUCGCCGACACUGCAGGACACCACGCUCAUCACCGACAUCAGAGCGUUUACCUCCUCCCUCCCCCUCCACCCCUACCACAAAAUCCUCAGCUAAGGCACCGCACCGCAGACCAGAGCAGACCGGCUGGGCAGAAACCCGUCUCAGCAGGUCCUCGGCACCAUGGAAACAGCUCAUCGGUUUGAUCGGGGAGGAUGCUGCUGGGACAGACAGAAACUGAAGAACAUUUCACGUGUGUUUAGUUUUUUUUGUUUUAUGUGAGUGGGUGUAAUAAUGCUGCAUUCACAUCCGGUGGGAAGAAGUGAAAUCCUGAGCUCGUAUUUAUCAAGCAUAUGAUGGCGUAUAUGAAAUUAGAAAUGCAGAGAAUAAUGACAGAGCAGUUUGUGUGUACGGGCCAGUGAGCAGUGAGCCGUUUCCUCCUACGAGUCGGACCGCUUUUCAUGCCGGCCCUGAACGUCUCGCUGAUAAUCUGAUUCUGGAAAUAACAAGGGAAACAUGAAGCGAUAAAACUAAAAUCAUUGCAUCAUUAAAUGAGUCUGAAUGCUCUAAUGUAACUGUGAAUUGGUUUGUACGAUUAUUCCCAUGUGAAGUGAAUGCAGCACGAUGACUCAGGGCUCCAGACAACAAGAAGGGCAGAACUUAUUUUAAUGUCACUUGAGUCUGUAUGACUGAAAAAACAACUGCUGUGUUUUUAUUUAAUACAUGUUACCAGUACGACAACUGAAAUUCCAAUUUGCAUUUGACAAGUAAGAAUAAUAAUUAAAUAUUUCAGUUUUGUUUGAUUUAUCUGUCUUAAUAAUAAUAUCUAAAUAAUAAUAAACUAAUAAA